AACGCCCCUUCCUCAGUUACGCCCCGCCCACAGUUCCUGUUUGGUGUUACGUCAGUUCCUGCGCGCCAGAUCCUGAAAAUACACAUUCCAGCAGCAAACAUCUACGAAACAAUCCUGGACACAAAGUUCACAAAGUUUUGUCGUUUGUAGACGAAAUCACUUAUCACCUGCUCUUUCAUGAGUUCGUGUAUCGUAACCGUUUCGUUCUCGACUCAUAAUACAGUUUCUACAGGCCCAGCAGUUAAAGUUAGCUAGUUAGCAUCGUUAGCGGCAGCAGCAGCAGCGUCUUGUGACUUUUCACCGAAUAUGUGCAAAUUUGUGUAGCUGUUCAACGGCAGCAUGUCUCAGCAGUUGUCUGCUGAACAACUGAAGAAGAUAGAGGAGAACAGACGGAGGGCUCUGGAGAGACGAGCCCAGAGACAGGGACAGACUGUCAGCAUUAGUAAUCAGAACUCUGCAGGCUCCAACAGCAGCACCACCUCAGCCCAGAGACUCGACCCGGCAGCACGUCCAAUUCAAACGAGUAGCAGCUCAGCUUCUGCACCACAGAGUUUUGUUCCCCCUCCGCAACAACAGCCACAGGGCUUCAACAGCCAGAAGCUAGGAGCAUCACAUCAGCAGUCACAUGGUUAUGGAAAUCAAGUCAACAAAAGUAACCACUCCAGCUCUGGUUCUGCUAAACAGUGUCAAGUUGUCGACUCUCCUCUGACAAACAAUCAACAAGUGAGUUUUGGUGGAAAACCAGUUCAGGCAAAACCAAACCUCAGUUUCGACAGUCCUUCAACUGCUGCAGCAGCACCCGGCUCCUUCUAUAAGCAGCUGACGGGUCGACCUGGUCCAAGUUCAGCAGCACAGGUUCCCUCGAACCCCACACCACCCAGGCCUACAGCUGCCAAAAAGCCUGCCAUAACCGUGAGAGGAAAAUGUGUUGCUCAUACAGAGGGCCGCUUCAGAGUGGAAGUGGGCUACCACACCGAGCUCAUAGCUGUUUUUAAAUCUAUUCCCUCUAAGAAUUAUGAUCCCAACACAAAGAUGUGGAACUUCAGCCUCCUGGACUACCGACAGCUAAUGGAACAGGCGGCCUCUGUUUCCAGUGUGUCGCUGAAACCUCUGGAAGGAAUGGAAGCGUUAGACAUCAGUGCUGCCACCAGCUCGGCCCGUGACGGUGCAGCACUGGGGGCUCUUCUGAAGCUGUGCAACAGUUGGCAAAAACCCGGAGCCAGUCUGCAGGGCCAGUGCAUCAUUGUGUCACCGACAAAGUUUGAGGUUGACAUUGGUUAUCACGCUGAUGUUAUUGCAGCGUUCAAGCAAAUGCCAACAAGGAACUAUGAUAUGAAAACAAGAAAAUGGAGCUUUUCACUUGAGGAUUACAAGCAGUUGAUGGAUCGACUCAGUGGGAUAGCAGCAGUGGAGGUGGAGCCUCUACCCAGGGCACUGAUCCAAGCCUUCUCUGCCAGGUUUGAAGGUAGGACCGACGCCAUGGCAGUAGAUGUCCCUGAAGCAGACCUAUCCACCAUCGACCCCACACUCACCAGCAGCCUUAUGCCUUUUCAAAGGGAGGGUGUCAAUUUUGCAGUGUUCAAACAAGGCCGUCUCCUCCUGGCCGAUGAUAUGGGUCUGGGAAAAACAGUGCAGGCCAUCUGCAUUGCUGCCUACUAUAGGGACGAGUGGCCCUUACUGGUGGUGUCUCCGUCCUCUGUGCGAUUCACAUGGGCCGAGGCCUUCAGGCGUUGGCUCCCCUCCCUGAGUCCUGACAGCAUCAAUGUGGUGGUGAAGGCCAAGGACAACCUGCGCUCUGGUGUGGUCAACAUCAUCAGCUACGACCUACUGAGCAGGAUGGACAAGCAGCUUCCAGGAAACCCCUUCAAUGUUCUCAUUAUGGACGAGUCCCAUUUUCUGAAGAACAUAAAGACGGCUCGCUGUAAAUCUGCCCUGCCACUGCUGAAGGCAGCUAAGAGAGUCAUUCUUCUGUCUGGGACUCCUGCCAUGUCCAGACCGGCCGAGCUCUACACUCAGGUUUUGGCCGUCAGACCCACACUUUUCCCUCGCUUCCAUGACUUCGGGAUGCGCUACUGCGAUGCCAAACAGUCCACUUGGGGCUGGGAUUACUCGGGCUCUUCCAAUCUGGGCGAGUUGAGACUGCUGCUCCAGGAGAGUGUGAUGUUACGACGCCUCAAGUCUGAGGUGCUCUCCCAGCUUCCGUCUAAGCAGCGAAAAGUCGUGAUAGUGACCAUAGACGGGGUCAACGCUCGCAUCAAAGCUGCUCUGACUGCUGCUGCCAAAGAAUUGACCAAAGGACUGACCAAUAAAGAAGAGAAGGACGCACUCCUGGUCUUUUAUAACCACACAGCUGUAGCCAAACUGCAAACCAUUAUGGAGUACAUCACAGACAUGCUGGAGUGUGGGAGGGAGAAGUUUCUGGUGUUUGCUCAUCACAAGUCAGUCCUGGAUCAUAUCACAUCUGAGCUGGGAAAAAAGGACGUCAGUUUCAUCCGUAUCGAUGGCUCCACACCGGCAAUAGACAGACACCAGCUGUGUCAGAGCUUUCAGCUCUCCACGAAGACCUGCGUGGCUGUACUCUCCAUCACCGCAGCCAACAUGGGUCUGACGCUGCACUCCGCUGACCUGGUGAUCUUUGCUGAGUUGUUCUGGAACCCUGGGGUUCUUAUUCAGGCGGAGGACAGAGUUCACCGCAUCGGACAAACCAACAAUGUCAACAUUCACUACCUGGUUGCCAAGGGAACAGCUGACGAUCAUCUGUGGCCAAUGAUCCAGGGCAAAAUGAACGUCUUGGAGCAAGUGGGUCUUUCUGAGUCCAACCUCUCAGACAAGGCAGUCAGUGGAACCUUCCAUUCUAAGGACUCCAAACAGAGGACCAUCACGGAGAUGUUUCAGACGUCUUUCACGGCAGACGACGAGGACUCCUUACUGGAAGCCACAAAUGACUGGGACGACUCUCCGUCAGGGAACACUUCUGGACCAUAGCGCCACAGUGUGGCUGGUCAAAGUCACAUUAAAGACUAUUUCAGCAGAUGAUGUGGGGAACUUGGCAGUUUGACAAAGUCAUUUUGAUAAUUUGUCAAACUAGUUCCUAGUUUUGAACUAUGUCUGCCAAUCAUGACACGUGCAAUAAAACAACUAAUAAGUGUAAAAAAUAAAUACAAGUCUGAUGGUUAAUAUGGUUCUUCUGAAACUUAAACUUAAAAACCUUUUGAUGUUACCAUUUGAGAAAUUGGCUUUCAAAUAUUAACAAAUAACACAAGAAGCCUGGGAAAUUCAGAAGUCAAUUGUUCAGAAGUCAAUUUAAAAAGAAUGCUAAAUUAUUAGUUUUUACCCAGUCUCUAAAAUAAAAAAACAUUUUGAAUGAA